AUGGCGCAGCAGCUACAGACGCGUGAGAUACCCGAGUACGAUGAUUCGGGGAAUCUGGCGAGGACAUAUGUUGUUUCCGUAGCUGGUGACGGGCGACGCGACAACAAGACGCGGCAAGAUACAGACGCGGAUCCGGACAAAACCAAGAGCAGGAUCGAUAUCAUUGACUCACUCCAGGCUUUUUCGUCUUCCAUUGCAGGAAUGCUGGCUUCAAGAGCCGUGUUACAAGGCGUUGGCGUGGGCGAUUCCAGCGCGAGCCCCACAACUGCACUCCUUCUCUCUGUCGUGCACGACUCAGCUGGACGCCUCGCAACCAUUCUAUUCGCACACCGACUCGGCACCGCCCUGGAGCCCGAAUGCAAAAUGUACCGGCUGGCGGCCGAUAUAUUCAAUGACACAGCCAUGGUGCUCGACUGCCUGUCGCCCGUGUUUCCAAAGGCAGCGCGCAUUGCAGUGCUGAGCUUCUCGAGCUGCUUGCGGGCGCUGUGCGGCGUCUGCGCGGGCAGCGCCAAGGCGAGUCUGAGUGCGCAUUUUGCGAAGAGGGGGAAUCUGGGGGAGGUGAAUGCGGUUCGCUUCCCGAACCUCGUGCCGCCCGCCGUCAAGCUGGCCCAACAAGUGCAGCUCUGUCCCUGCGAAGGCUUCGACCAACAGAGUAGGACAAACGCCCGCCGCGCCUACAAGCAUCUCUGGAAAAGCGUCAUGGUCACCCGGAAACACGGCUCCCAAGCUCUCUCCAUCAGAACCUCGUCCACCGCCUCCAAUUCACCCACACAGUCCCACGCAGACUUCGACGACCGCGACUCCAACAUGACUUUGACCGACUACCACCACCACCAUCAGCCCGCUCCCUUGACCGUCUCCAUACCCAAGAACAUCCCCAGCCCCCAAUGCCGGAAACCCAACCUGGCCGAGAUCCUCAACAACACGGCGCCCCCGCCCUACACGCUGACGUCCUUCAUGGCCUUUCUCUCCCAGAACCACUGCCUCGAGAACCUCGAAUUCACCAUGGACGCCUCGAGGUAUCGCAAGCACUACUCCAAGAUGGUCAGCCGCCAUCCCGGCAGCCCCAUCUCGCCCUUGUCCGACGAGUGCGCAUACGUCCUGAUGCUCUGGCGUCGCUUGAUCGAUGCCUACAUUCGCGAGUCAGGCCCGCGAGAAGUCAACCUCCCAGCCGAGGUCCGCGACAACCUGCUCAGCCUCUCCGACUCGUAUGUCCCACCGCACCCGUCGUCGCUCGAUAGUGCCGUCGCCAAGAUCAACGAACUCAUGGAAGAGAGCGUCUUGGUAUCCUUCCUCAACUCAGUCAGCCCCCACAGUGCGCAUCCCAGUGUCAGCCAUGACAGCUACGCUGGAAGCAAUAUUUCUCGCUCUUCGACGCGCAGCUACGAGGAGCGCAGCAUGUUCUCGCGCGCUUCGCAUCCACCCGUGCCUGCUCACCAGCGAGCAUCGGCGCCCUCGUCGCUCACGUCUGGCUUCAUGCAGUCCCGUCCGUUUUCCCACUCGCGAUUCCACUCGCAACCUACCUCGUCCGGCCCACACUCGGCCACGCGCAUCACGUCGGGCUAUGCCAGUGGUAGCGACGCAUUGACCGAUGACUCGGGCAGCGCUAGCAGUCCCUCGGGCAUGAGCGAUCCAUUGACGCCCCCCGGUACCCCUCCAGUCAGCGAAUACCCCAUGACUGACUUCCACCACGCCUACUACGACCAUGCUCCAUCGAGUGGCACGCCCAGCCCUCGCAACAGCCGCGGAGAGCACAACGGUCUCGCCAGUGCUACCAGGGAUAGCUGGAAGCGAGUCAGCAGCAAGCUAUGGCCUAGGAAGAAGAGCGGUGGCCAGCUCCGAGACGACGAGCCAGGCGUUGUCGAGGGAGGUCUCUUCUGA